AUGCCCAGAUUGCGCACUCUUAAGUCUGUACUUGAGGCUUGUCGCCCUUACUCCACCUUUCCUGCCCGAGCGAGAAACCUUCAACCACGAUCCAACCCUCCCCUCUAUACUCUCCAAGCUACCUGGUGCUUUUCCAUGCGUGGCCCUGAGUCUGAUCCAGACUUCUUAGAACGAGCGACUAAAAGGCGACGACUUUCUACCUCCCCGGAACGGGGUAGGUCCAAAAAAGCAAUGGAUCAAACUCACCCCGCCAUCCACCUUACCCCAAUUGAGAGCACGCUUCGAACGCUCCUUCUUGAUGUUGCGCAAUACAUAUACGAGAAGGACCAAGAGAACAAUGCCUCCGAUCGCUCCAAGACCGUUUUGCGAUUCACUGGGGGCUGGGUUCGCGACAAGCUUCUCGGAAUUGACAGCCACGACAUCGAUGUGGGGAUCAGCAACAUGACAGGAUACCAAUUUGGCAAUUUGCUGAAGGAGUACCUUGAUCAAUCAAAGAAUCUCGAUAAGUACAGACAAGCGCUUCCCGAUGGACAACGUGACGCCAUUGUAAGCUUGCACAAAAUUGAGGCGAACCCGGAAAAGUCUAAGCAUCUGGAGACGGUGACAACGAAAAUUUUCGGCAUGGAUAUCGAUUUGGUCAAUUUGCGCAAAGAGACGUAUACAGAAGAUAGCCGAAACCCGCAGAUGAAAUUUGGAACAGCAGUAGAGGAUGCGCUGCGGCGAGAUGCUACAAUCAAUGCGCUGUUCUAUAACCUGAACGAGUCCCGACUGGAGGAUCUUACGAAGCGCGGUCUGGAAGAUAUGAAGAAGCGCAUUAUUCGCACACCGAUGGACCCAUACCAGACCUUCAAAGACGAUCCUCUUCGGGUGCUUCGCUUGAUUCGAUUCGCAAGCAGGCUUGGAUACCAAAUCGAGUCGGAAACGGAGACCGCAAUGCAAAAUGAGGAUAUCGGCAUCGCAUUGAAGCUUAAGAUCAGCAAAGAGCGUGUAUGGUCUGAACUGGACAAGAUGCUACGUGGCCCCGAUCCCCGCAGCGCUUUGCAAUUUAUCGAUCGCCUUGGCCUUUACCCUACCAUUUUCGCAAAUCACCAAGACGACGUCCUUGCCGACACCUCAACCUGGUCUAUUGGCUACAACGCGCUGGCGCGGUUCUUGCAUUCGACCGAGGGCGGGGAAGAGGCCCAACUCGAGACAGACCGACUCCGCCAGAUUCUCUUGCGCGACGCGACUAGCACCUAUUAUGCUUGGAUUAUCGCGACCUUUGCUCCCUGGUGCUCAGUGCCCAAGCGAGAAGGGCUCGACCGUAAGAAUCGGUCCUUCCCUGAACGUGCAGUCGAGGUUGCCCGAGAAAGCCUCCGGUCCGAUAAUAAAACCCUCACCCUACUUCGCGAUGGAGCCGCUCACUACAAGGACAUCAUCCAGUGGAAAUCUGACCUGCUUGCAAAUAAUAUCAAAGGCACGCCCGCUGAAAUCCGACAGAAGGUUGGACUGCAGAUUCGGACCUGGAGUAAGGAUUGGAAGCUGUGUGUUGUUCUGGCCAUGCUUCAAGAAGUCAUGCAAGGGCGCGACUUCGCUGAAGUGAUCCGAGAGUACGACCAAUUCCUGGCAUAUAUCAUCGAUCAGGACUUAGAAGGCGUCUGCGAGUUGAAGCCCGUUGUAAAUGGAGGUGAAAUCAUGAAGAGCCUGGGCGCCAAGAAUGGGCCCUGGAUGAGCAAAGCGACCACCAUGGUGCUUGAAUGGCAGCUGUUAGACCCGGACACAACACCAGAAACGGUGUUGGCGCAGCUUGCGGAACGUCGCGCAGAGUUGGGGUUGUGA